AUGCUACCUGUUACUGCGAUAUUCUACCCCUUGUGCUCAGCGCAGCUCGCAACCAGGCGCGAUCACAGGCGCCGUCCAGAUUCUUGUAUUGCAACUGAUCACUCGACUUAACAAGAUCCUCCUGCCAAAACCCCCCGUUUCAAGACAGUAGUUCCAUUUGACUGUCAUCAUGGCGGACCGAUUCCCCUCGUUGGAGGAUUUCGACUCCGGUGCCCAGACCGAUAUUAAGGACACGUCAGAUGUACCCUCGGCGAGCAAUUUUCUGGAACGGGAGAAGGCGAUACUCGGCGAAGAUGCCAAUCAGUUUGCGACAGUGGAGGAUGCCGGGAUUGACGACGCCGACAACGAUUUGCUAGGAGGCGGCGUCAGUUCUGCGGGCGGCAACGCUGCGUUCGAGUCCCAGUUCCCCGACAUCACCAGUCCCAACGCGGGCGUCACAUCUAGCGGCCCCAUCACAGGACCCUCAGUGAGUUACAACUCGGGCUACCAGCCCUAUACCGAGGAGGAGGAGGAGCCCGAGGUGAUCAAGGAGUGGCGCGAGAAGCGGGACGCCCAGAUCGCGAAGCGAGCAGAGCAGUUUGCCCAACAGCGCGCCGAGACGAUCCGAGAAGCCCAGCAGAACAUUGACGACUUCUACGAGAACUACAACAACAAGAAGGAGAAAAUGAUCGCGCAGACCCGCAAGGAGGCCGAGCAGUUCCUCGCCAGUCGCGAGGACACCACCUCGGGCGGCACGAGCUGGGAGCGCAUCUCGAAGCUGGUUGAUGUUAGCGGGAAAGGCGCAAAGGGCGGCGCUGCCGGCUCGGGCAAGGAACGGUUCCGCGAGUUGCUUAUGAGCCUACGGAAGGACGAGAAAGCACCUGGGGCUGAGGGGUAUUAGGGAUGCCGGUCCACAACGAAGGCUAGAGGGAGAUGGCCGUCGCCAUUUCAAUCCUUCCGUCUCCCGUGACAGUAUCAAUAUCCAAAACCGCAUUUAAUGUACUUUUAGGGAAGGGGCCUCUCCAUUUGCAGGCACAGGGACUCAGGCAUUCAGUAGCGGCAAU